AUGCCCAUCGUGUGCUGGUCGAGCGCGCGUCAGGGCCUCCGACCAACACCUCGCAACAACUAUCAGAAAGGUUCCCACGAGGACCCGAUGUGCACGCCAACCGCCAAGGCAGCGUCUCUUAGCGACGAGUCCCCAAGCAUUUUUGGAACAUCCGAGGAUACAGAGAGCAAGUGGAAGCUGAACGCCCCGCCGAAUGUGCCAUCGAAUAUGCGAAACACGCUGUCCAAGGAGAGAAAUGCUAUUGAGGAGGAGCUCGAGGUACUGUACGAUGCUUAUUACGAAGAGCUUGAACAGUUCGCGAACUAUCAGCAGCAAUACAUAUCGUCUGGCGGCACGAUACCUCCUCCUCAAGGACCAGGUUCCUUCCCUGGGAGUGUCGAGCUGGACAAGAACGGUGCGGUGAUCGGUCCUCAUACCAUCUCCAAUAUACCCUCUCGAGCCAAGAACAGUGUCGUCAAUGGCAGAAAAGCUGUCAAGGCCAAAAGUGAAUCCGAAGACGACAGGGAGGAAGAGGAGGAAGAAGAGAAGGAAGAAGACGAAGAGGAGGACAAGGGACAGCCAGAAGACGAAGCAGACGUCAAGCCCCAGACCGAGCGACGGGCAGUGCGAUGGCGUGGUGCGGUGAAUGGCAAAGCAAACGGGCGGGACGGACAGACAAACUUUGGGAACAGUCUCACUGUCACAGGCAAGUCUCAUUGUUUCCUCUGCUUGUGUAACAUUGUCACUGUCGCAGACGAUCUCCUUAAGAACGACGGUCAGAAGUUUCUGGAGAUGAUGGAGCUGAGCGAGGAGGAAGAUGAGGAGGGGGAUGAGGAGGACAAGGAGGAAGAUGAAGAGGACGAGGAUGAGGACGAAGAGGAAGAGGAAGAGGAAGAGGUUAUGACAGAGGAGCAGAAAAUGGAAGAAGGCAAGCGCAUGUUCUCCAUCUUUGCUGCCCGGAUGUUCGAGCAGCGAGUACUUCAAGCGUAUCGCGAGAAGGUCGCUCAGGAACGCCAGCUGCAACUGCUUCGAGAGCUUGAGGAUGAGGACAUGCUGUCGAAGGAGAAAGAGGCAAAGAAACGAACGCAGAACCAGAAGAUGAAGGAUAAGAAGUGUCAGCAGAAGCUUGCGAAAGAGGAGGAGCGUGCUGCUCGCACGGCCAAAAAAGCGGCUGAGGAUGUUGCUUUGAAGGCUAAGCAGACAGCACAAGAGGAGGAGGAGGGCAGGAAGCGGCGAGAAGAAGAGCGGGCAAGGUGGGAAGCUCAGCACAAAGCUCUGGAGGAGGAAAGGCUGCACAAAGAGGAGAAGCGCAAGCGUCUUGCAGAGGAGAAAGAGUGCGAAGCCGAGCGUGAACACAAGCAUAGGGAGAAAGAGGAGAAAGCGAAGCAGGAGCGCAGAGAGAGGGAGGAACAGCAGCAAGAGCAGCAAGAGCGGGAGCGGAAGGUGGCAAAGGAGCGCGAGAAGAAGGAGAACGAGAAGGCCGAACGCGAACGCGAGAGGCUGGAGAAGGAGAAAGCUGAGGAAGAGCAGCUGGAGAAGGAGAAGGCGGAAAAGGAGCGGACGGCGGCACAGCAGCAACGUGCCACUGUUGCAAAGACGGCUCGUCCACUGACCUCAUCUCGCACUGUGACCAAUGUGACUGCGUCAGGAUCUUCGCAGCGUUCUCCAAGUCAGGCCACCCCAGAUCCCUCCACUACUCCCACAAAGAAGAACACUCCGAAGCAACCUGCGCCUGUACCUCCCACAGCCGCACAUUGUGUAAUAUUAGAGCGAGAGGCGGGAACUGAGCAGCUAUCGAAGAAGUUAGCCAAACUUCACGCCCAGAUUGACGAGUGGAAGCAGCUCUGGGACGCCACGGAUGCUAGGCGCGAGGUUCACAUCCAAGCCCUGGAGGAAGAGCUCGCCAGUGUUCAUGCCGAGCACGGGCAGGAGAAGGAGGCGCGGGCGGCGGGAACGCAGAACGCGAGGCUACCCACGAAGAGAACGAGUCAUUCAAGAGCCGCCCGAGAUCAAGACUGA